UGGAAAUUAUACGGAGUUUUCCUAAACCCUUGGGCGGUACUUUCUUCCAUGAAAAUCGCAAGUCCUCCAUCAUCUUCUUCUGCUUCUCUUUAGCGAGGUGGCAAAAUGCUUCCUUUACUGCGGAGGAAGCUGUUCUUUACUUCUAAUUCAACGAGUUGCAGAAUGAUAUCCUGUGGCUCCCGCAAUUCUCUGCUUCCAAAGUUAACUGUUACUCCUGCGUCGCACGCCCGCGCUCUGUAUAGUAGUUCUUCUUCACUGACCCACGAUUUCCACUCUUGCAGCAGGCCAAAUGUCGUUUUCUAUGCUUCUCCGAAGCAUUUUUCUCGUAUUUACCUGAGGACAUACAGUUUUGGUUCGAGACUUGUUCAUGAACCGAUUACUGUGGAUUAUGAGACUGAUAUCAAGAGAGUGGUGGUUCGAAGACAGAAGGAGAUUUUACAAAAAAGAUUGAAAGAAAUUGGAUUUGAUGCUACUGAGUGUCUUCCGGGAAGAUCCUACUCAUUUCCUUGUCCAGUUUGUAAAGGAGGAGGUGAUCCACAGAAGGAUAGCUUAACACUUUGUAUUAGUGAGAACUGGUGGCAAGCGAAUUAUUCCUGCUUUCGGACGGAAUGUCAGUGGAAAGGUGUUACCCAUGCCAGUGCAGGUGAAAAAUCAAGCUAUGACAGCAUGAGUAUUGUUAAGCAAACAAAGACAACUGAUAGAAUGUCAGAGGAGAGCUUAGAAUUGAAACCUUUGUGUGAUGAGGAAGCAACUGCAUUUUUUGCUAAGCGGAUGAUAUCAAAAGAAACAUUACAGAGAAAUGGGAUCAUGCAGAAGAGAAUGUCGGGCAAGAUUGCUAUUGCAUUCCCUUAUCGAAAAAAUGGAGAGAUUGUAAGCUGCAAGUAUCGUGGUCUUCCUAAACAGUUUUGGAUGGAAGCUAACACUGAAAAGAUCUUUUAUGGACUGGAUGAUAUAAAAGAAGCAAGUGAUAUCAUCAUAGUCGAGGGUGAAAUGGACAAGCUUGCAAUGGAAGAAGCUGGUUUUAGAAAUUGUGUGAGUGUUCCUGUUGGGGCCCCUUCAAAAGUCUCUGAUAAAGAUUUGCCAUCAGAAGAAAAGGACACAAAUUACCGGUAUCUUUGGAAUUGCAAAGAUUAUACUGACAAGGCAUCUCGGAUCAUUCUUGCAACCGACAGUGAUCAUCCUGGUCAAGCCUUAGCUGAAGAACUUGCACGGCGCUUGGGAAAAGAAAAGUGUUGGAGAGUCAAAUGGCCCAAAAAGAAUGAUACUGAGAGUUUUAAAGAUGCAAAUGAGGUGCUUAUUUCUAUGGGCCCACAGGCACUGAAGGAAGUCAUUGAAAAUGCUGAGCUUUUUCCUAUAAAAGGGUUGUUUAACUUCAAAGAUUUCUAUGAUGAGAUUGAUGCCUACUACCAUCAGUCUCUUGGUUUUGAGCUUGGUGUUUCAACUGGAUGGACAGCUCUUAAUGAAUUAUACAAUGUUGUACCAGGUGAAUUGACAAUUGUUACUGGAGUUCCAAAUUCAGGCAAGAGUGAAUGGAUUGAUGCUCUUUUAUGCAAUCUCAACCAUAGUGUUGAUUGGAAGUUCGCAUUAUGUUCUAUGGAGAAUAAGGUUCGUGAGCAUGCUAGAAAACUGUUGGAGAAACACAUAAAGAAGCCUUUCUUUCAUGGCAGAUAUGGAAAGACUCGUGAUCGGAUUAGCAUUGAGGAGUUGGAGGAAGGGAAGAAGUGGCUACAGGAUAGCUUUUGUUUAAUAAGGUGUGAAGAUGAUUGCCUCCCGAACAUAAAAUGGGUACUUGAUCUUGCCAAAAUUGCUGUUCUGCGCCAUGGGGUCCGUGGACUUGUGAUUGAUCCAUAUAACGAACUUGAUCAUCAACGGUCAUCUAGUCAGACUGAGACAGAAUAUGUGAGCCAGAUGCUGACAAAAGUCAAACGAUUUGCGCAGCAUCACGCAUGCCAUGUUUGGUUCGUGGCUCAUCCAAGACAGUUGCAUAAUUGGGAUGGAGGCCCACCAAACAUGUAUGACAUCAGUGGCAGCGCACACUUCAUCAACAAAUGUGACAAUGGGAUUGUCGUUCACCGCAACAGGGAUCCGGAAGCCGGUCCUCUUGACCUGGUUCAGGUUUGUGUGCGCAAAGUGCGCAAUAAAGCCAUCGGAACAAUUGGGGAAGCCUAUCUGAGAUACAACAAGAUCACUGGAGAGUACAGCACUAUUGAUAUGGCCGCCAUUCAUAACCAUAAUAAAAACAAGAAUGAUGACAGUCCCGACACUAUGGAUAAGUAAGUGAAGAUGUGGAUUGUCUGCGUGCUUCCCUUCUUGUUAGUUAGCUUGCAACGUAGUUUAAUGUUAAGAGCAUGAGCAGCAGCAUCUAUUUUGUAUAUCUUUUAUUGUCUCCAGUGGGAGGUAGGCAGGCAGUGGUUGUUUUGCGUUCAAAAAACAUGUGCCAAAAUGCCGGUGGGAUUUAAGAAACAUGAUAAUAUAUGAUUAAUAUUAAAUCAGUGAUAAUAAUAUUUCGACCAUGUUACUGGACGGCCCAAUCUGUGGUUCUAGUCUAGAUAAAGUGAAUUUUCUGA